UAAAAAGGUUCACAAAUGUGCCUUGUCGUUACUAGUAAAGUUUAUUGCAGUAUCUGCACAGGAUUCAAGACUGUUUACAAAAAUAAAGGAGAUUGUGCAGAGGUUGAAACCUACAGUUCAAAGCACCUUGCACAGACAUCUAUCUUUCGAAGCUCAACGUGAACAAGCUGACAUCUUGAACAUAUUGGAUGAGCAUGGUGAUCUGGAUAGUCAUCGUAGUGUAGAGAGAGAUUUAAACAAUUCUUCUGAGCGAGAAGAAGAAGACGAGCAGGCAGGUGCUGUAGCUGCACCAAGUAGUAUAUUAACACCACCAGGCUCCCCACACCCUCAUAAACUUAGUCCACCAAGAUCUGCUUAUGAUCCUCGUUUGAAAUGUGUUCAGCAAAUAGAGGAUGACGAAGCAGCAGCCUUAGCGAUAGCGUUGGGUAAAUCACUGCGACCAGAGAAUGUAGUGCCUGAACAGUUGAUACCUACAGAUGAUUUGACGCUGGUUCAUAUACAACCAGGGGGAAAAGAGGAAGAGAUUUGUCACUCCAAAAACGUUUACCUAGAGAAUGUACAUUGGAAGAAAGGUGGGCUACUGGGAACAGGUGCUUUUUCAUCAUGCUUUGAAGCCAUGGAUUUUAAAAGUGGACGUAUAAUGGCAGUAAAACAGAUAUCUUUCUGUCGAAACACAGAGGAAGAACAAAUCAAAGUACACGAGGUCGUGCUAGAAGAGAUAGCUCUCAUGCAUCGUUUGAAACACCCACACAUUGUGGCUUGUCUUGGUGCGACACAGCAUAAUGGACAUUAUAAUCUCUUUCUGGAGCUCAUGGCUGGUGGUUCAAUAUCUAGCUUGCUUUCCCGAUUUGGGGCUUUCCGGGAAACAGUGGUUUUAAGUUAUACCAAACAGAUCAUACAAGCUGUAGCUUAUCUUCAUCAGAACCAUACGUUGCACCGAGAUUUAAAAGGCGCGAACAUACUAGUAGGCAGUACUGGUCAGAUUGUUAAACUCAGCGACUUUGGUACUGCAGCUAGAUUAAUGGCACAUGGAACUGGGACAAAGGAAUUCUGUGGUCAACUAUUGGGUACAAUACCUUUCAUGUCUCCUGAGGUACUUCGUGGAGAGCACUAUGGUAGGAAGUGCGACAUCUGGAGCGUAGGGUGUUGUAUCAUAGAAAUGGCUUCCGCUACUCUACCAUGGGGUGCGCAACAGAUGGAUAAUCAUUUGGCACUGAUGUUUAAGAUCGCCAGCGCUUCAUCUGCACCGUUGAUACCAGCACGCUUAGGACCUGGCUUGCGAGAUCUCACCUUAAGGUGUUUAGAGCUCAAAGAAACUGAAAGACCGACCGCCGACGAGUUGUUGAGACAUGCAGUUUUUCGUGUAUGAAACACGCGAUUUAUAUGUUGCUACUGCGAUUAAAACAAGAGUAUAAAAAAAGGAAAACCUUUCUACCAUUAUAAGAGCGUAACUUCUUAGAGAAUUUGAAUGUUUUCAGCACUUUAAGAUUAAUACCUUUUCGUAUCUCGUAUUUUAGCGUCCAAUCCUCCUCGCAAUAUCAUGUCACGUUUGAGUUGGCAUAUGUUUAUAAGAUAUUUUAAAGAGUGUUUUGUUCUGUGUAGGACAAAUAUUUUAUGAUUGAAUUUAUUUUUAAAUGUAUAUAUAUAUCUACAAAACGUUUAACAUUUCUAUUAUAAUAUAUUUGAUGUAUUA